UUAGUUCUGUGGUUGUUGGACACGGCCACUGAAAUAGGCCUCUCCUGGGGUAUUACAGCGAGGCAGCACCCGUACCUCCCUCGGAGGCGCGCCUCUUUCCUCAGCCCUCUCGGCACGCUCUGGACGGAGAGCGAGUGCGCGCAUCCUCCGCUCUCCCUACCCGAAGCUGGGGGGCGGGGCCGUGGCCAAGCUCCCUAGGCGCUGUCGCCUGAAGCCCCCUCCCCUUGCCUUUUCGCUGCUCCCAGCUACUGCUCUCCCGCCCAUUCCCACCCCAGGCGACCCUGCGUGGAGCGACUGGUGCCCGGAGGCGGAGGUGAACGCGUGCUGUGAGCAGGUGGAUCGGGCGGAUCGUUGGCAUAGGGGACCAGGCUGGGGGAGGGGUCAGCUCUUUGUCUCCCAGAGUCCGUUCGCGGGCAACAAGGCUGUGCAGGUGCCUGUGGAACCUGAGGAAGGACGCUGGCGAAGCCCCAUCGGCGUGCACACAGAGGCCCCUGAAUCUGGAAGCUGGAGGCAUUUCCCUGUUUGCCGGAUUGGACAUUUAGGUGCGGUAUGGACAAGAAGGAUAACAUCAAAUCAGGAACUGCCCCGCAGACGCCGGCUUCACGACCCCCAGGCCUUCUGACUCCUAGGCCUCCUUCUGGGUCCGCUCGACCUCCUCCCCCUGUAACCACUGCUGCGCUUCGAGUCUUGGAAGCAAACGGAGCUAUGGGGCGAAGGCCCCUGGUGGAGCGAGCCCCAGGCGUCUGCAAAGCAGCUCUUCCACAGACCAGCAAAGCGGCUCUUCCACAAACCAGCAAAGCGGCUCUUCCACAGACCAGCAAAGCGGCUCUUCCACAGACCACUAUUCAGGGGGCACCAGCACGCAGUGCUGGGGCAGGUCCUCGUAGCCCAGCCAACAGGCCCCUGGCUUCUGGGAAAGGAGAGAGGGCCCCUAUGAAGACCUCUGGCCAGGGCUCUAUUUCUAGCCCGGGGCGUGCCAGCAGUGCGAUUGCCAGACCAGGCCUUGUUGUCCAGAAGAGACUCCAACCUCCGACUAAGGAACCUGUGGUCAGAGGUAAAACACCAGAGACACCCAAAAGGAAUACUCUGAGCUCUGGAACACGACGAGUUUUAUCUGCAGAUUCUUUAGGGCCCACCUCAGGAGCCCCCUCUCCCACCAUCACCCGUCGGUCCAGGGUCCCAGCUACAGAGGUGGGACUUCCUCAACCAGCUCCCAGUGCCAGACAGCGUCCUCAGAACACCGAGACACCCAGGAAACCUGUGAGCAGUGCUUCUGAACUCAGUGCCACGAGGCUGAGCCCAGCCAUUGGGAGGUGCUCUAUCGCUGGUGGCAGCCUGCAAAAGCCUGUCUCCCGUUCCCUGAUCCCCAGUGCUACUCCUCAGCUCUCCCCAUCCCGCUCCGGGGUCUCACCGCGUGUAACCCCACGGGCUCCUGCGCAUACCUCUCAACUCAAGUCGAAAGGGCAGCACGCUCUGCACCCAACCCAGACCACAGUCCCAAGGAAGAACAGGCCCUCUGUACAGAGCCUGAUUUCAGCUUCAUCUUUAGUCACGCCCGUUCCACCUGGGGCUUCCUCUGUCCAGGUCCCAGAGGAUCCCUUGCAGACCACACUUCCUCCCUCUCCACCCGCCACCCCGCCUCUACCUGCUUCACUUCAACUAGUCCAAGCACCAACCUCUUCACAGGCAAUAAUGCCCCAUUCACAGUCUGGACAAGGCUCACCAUCACCUCCCCCUCUUUCUCUGCAGAACCUCCCCUCUCCACCAGCCACACCCCCUUUGCUAGCUCCAUCCACAUCUCUGGGGACUGAAGAGGCCUCUGACUCACCCCCACCAAGAGCUGUAAUCUCUUCAUCGCUCCCCCCCCUUAUACAGAGUAUGCCCCACAACCAAACUUCUUCAGCAACGCUCCCUCAGGAGACUCUCUCGGCCACGCCUUCCUCACCUGCUCCUUUACCUCUACCCACGCCUCCUCCACAACUCCUUCCUUCACCCCCAAUUUCCCCGCAGGAUUUGCCCACUCCCCUUGUCACACCCUCUCAGUUGCCUCUCUCCACUCUAACUACUCCCCCUUUCCCGGACAACUUUUCUGUGUCUCCUCCCCUUCCCCAGGCCACGCCCUCUAAUCUGACCAUGCCGCCUUUGCAAGACCCUCAGGUUCUGGCCAUUCCUCCUCCAGUUUCUUCCUCUACCUCCAUCUCACCACCUCCGCUUGUCCCUCACUCUUCCGUGGUCACGCCUCCUCUGAUGCUCCCACCUUCUCCGACUUUGCCCACUUCGGAGGCCUCUUUGUUGACCUUGCCGCCCGCACCGGCCUCCUCACCCCAGCAGGCCACGCCUUCUCCUUUGGCCUUGUCCCCUCUAUCCGCCCAACUCUCUAUGGGCUCACUCUCUUUGCAGGCUUCUCCUUUCUUGCCUACCCCUCCUAUGCAGCCACACGCUCUACCCUCGCCUCCUUUGCAGGCAUCUCCUGUUACAUACCCUUUGCCUCUUUCCUCACCCUCUGCCUCACCCCCUCUGCCGGCUCUUCUCUCCCCUCCUGCCUCACCUCCUCUGGACGGCCCUCUUUCUCCCUCAGCCUCACCUUCGUCUCCCUUAGCAACUCCCCCUCCAGAAGCCCCACCUGCACUGGGCUCACCCACACUUUCACCCCUGGCCACGCCCCCUCCGCAAACCCCACCUCUGGCUUUGCCCCCUCCACCAGCUUCCACUUCUUCCCUGGACACAGACACGUGUUCUCUACAGCGUCCUCUCUUGGCUUUGCCUCCUCUACAAACCUCUCCCUCUCCUCUGACAAUACCCUCUCCGCAGACCCCACCUUCUCUGGCCUUGCCCUCUCUGCAGUCUCCUUCCUCCCCAUUGGCCACAGCCACACCCCCACUACAGAUUCCCCUUGUGGUUUUACCUACUUUACAGACCCCUCCUUCUCCCCUGACCACUCUCCCUCCGGGGGCCCCUCCUGGCCUGGCCUCGCCCGUUGUUCAGCCUCCUUCUCCUCCUGCCUCACCACCACUGCAAGCCCCUCGUCGACCCCCAACCCCAGGUCCAGAUGUCCCUAUCUCAGGUCCACGGCUGACCCUGGCGCUGGCCCCUGUCCCGCCUCCACCCCCCUCUCGAAGCCCGUCCAGUACGCUGAGCGGCCCGGACCUGGCAGGCCACAGCAGCAGUGCUACGAGCACACCAGAGGAGCUCCGCGGCUAUGAUAGCGGGCCCGAGGGCUGUGCUACAAUCUCCCCGGCCCCGGACGCAGAGCUAGCUGCCUGCCACCCGGCCUCCUGGAGUCGAAGUUCUGCUCCGCCGUUAGCAGUACGCGGCACUCCAGGAGUUGCCCUGCCGUGGCCUCCCACUGCUGGCCCAGGUUCCUCUGAUGGCCUGUGCACCAUCUACGAAGCUGAAGGACCAGAGUCGGUGGCCCCCACCCCUGGAUCCCUAGAUGUGGAGCCAGAACCAAGGCCUGGCCCUGGCAGUGCCAAGGUGACUGCUGCAGCCUGCCCAGGAGCAUCCUCGAGAAGCCCGAAGUCAGCUCGCCUUGGCGAGCUGCCGCUGGGGGCGCUUCAGGCUAGCGUUGUGCAGCACCUGUUGAGCCGGACACUGCUGCUAGCUGCCACAGAAGGUGCAGCUGUGGGCAGCGAAGGUGGUUCAGGAGGCUCAGGGGGUGGUGGUGUCUCUGGAGGAUCCCGGGCUCCGCUCAGCGAUGCUGAAUUGGGCCGCUGGGCCGAAUUGCUGUCUCCCUUGGAUGAAUCGCGUGCCAGCAUCACUUCGGUCACCAGCUUCUCCCCAGAUGAUGUGGCCUCCCCACAGGGUGACUGGACUGUGGUGGAAGUGGAGACUUUUCACUGAGCCAGACCCCAGUCCCUUCCACCAUACACAUACCACUUUAGAAUCCACCCUUCUGGGUACACCUCUUUUGUCUUAGUCUCCAUUCCCACUUCCUGUGACACUUGGCUGCAUUGGUUUUUACGUCUAGAGCCCCGUGUUUGGGCCCAGGCUGUAUCCCUGUUCUUCAUUGGCUUAGGCUUGGAAAACACACACACACACACACACACACACACACACACGCACACACACACACACACACUGUCUAGGCCUUCCAUCUGAGCUUCUCCUCUUUGGCCUAAGCCACACCCCUUCUCCAAGGAACCAUGCCACACCUUAUGUUCAGUGGACGAUAGUUUACAUGCUGAAUGGUUUACAUGCUGCCACCUGUGCGCUCUGCCACCUUGGGAGCUGGGAAAGGAUCGGAGAGGUAGUUCAAAGGGCCAGGCUACACCAUACCAGUGGUUAUGCCUGAGCAAAUCAGAGUUCUGGCUGAACUGUGUGACUCUUCUGCAGAAAAGGGGCUGGCAAGACAGUGGCCACAAUGGUCUUGUGAUUUUUCAGGUCUCACUUCUAAUGAAAACAUUAGGUUCACAAAGGCCUGGGUGGAUGAACUGGAGAGCCACCGAAGCUCUUACUCUGGACAUGGGGUAGUUUGUUCUCCUGGGUACCCCUUGCUACAGCACCGUUGUCCUGUGUGCACUCUUUCUCUUCCGCGCUUGAGAGUUAGAGGAAUGGUGAGUCUGACUUCAUCUGUUACUUCUCCAUGAUGGGUAGUGUCAAGUUGAUAAAAUGUAGAAAACACCCAAAAGAGGGGCCUCUUGACAUGCCUAUGGCGACUACCUUGCUUGGGCUGAGGUGGAAACACCCACCUAUUUUGGGUGACACCAUUCCGUCUGGAAUACUGGAUUGUGUAAGCAGAGAGCUGGGCAGCAGCAUGCCUUCACUCCUCUUUUUCCCUGACUGUGGAUGCUAAGUGACCAGCUGCUUUCAGCUCCUAUUGCCUCCUUGACUUCCCCAGUGAUAGACGAUACCCUGAACUGUGAGCCAGAAUAAAACCUUUCUCCUCCGA